AUGUCGUCCAGAAACCCACCUUCUACGUCGUCGUACGAGCAAAUCAAGGAGUCUCCUUUUUUCAAGAUCGGUCUCCACGCCGCUGCCUUUGCUGCCGGUGUCUGGUUCAUCCAGUCUCCAUUGAUGGACGUCUUGGCUUUGCUCGCUGCUGAGAGAGCCCAGGGCCAGUUUGACCCUAACAAGAUGCAUGUCUUCUUGGAGGAGACUGCUGAAAAGUCCCGUUUGUUCAAGAGACUUGUCCAGUCUUUCGACAGAGAUGCUACCUUGACCACUGGCGGUAAGUACUACGACUUGACCAAGGAGCAGCAGAGAGAAAACACUGCUACCAGAAUCGCCCGUAUGGCUCAGUACAUUGAGAUUGAGGACGAGCAAACCUGGGCCACCAGAAUGUCCCUUUUGUCUGUUCUCGACCCCCAGACCGGUACCCGUAUCGGUGUCAACUUGGGUUUGUUCUUAGGCUGUAUCCGUGGUAACGGUACUUUUGAACAGUUGGAAUACUGGGCCAAGAAAAAGGAGACUGGCCAGUUGAAGGGCUUGUACGGUUGUUUCGGUAUGACCGAAUUGGCUCACGGUUCCAACGUUGCUGGUGUUGAGACCACCGCUACUUUCGACAAGAACACCGAUGAGUUCAUCAUCAACACCCCUCACAUUGGUGCUACCAAGUGGUGGAUUGGUGGUGCUGCCCACUCUGCUACUCACUGUUCUGUCUACGCCAGAUUGAUUGUUGACGGUAAGGACUACGGUGUCAAGACCUUCGUUGUCCCAUUGAGAGACUCCAACCACAACGUUAUGCCAGGUGUUACCGUUGGUGACAUUGGUGCCAAGAUGGGCAGAGACGGUAUUGACAAUGGCUGGAUCCAGUUCUCUUCUGUCAGAGUCCCAAGAUUCUUCAUGUUGCAGAAGUUCUGUAAGGUCAGCCGUGAAGGUAAGGUUGACUUGCCUCCAUUGGAGCAGUUGGCUUACUCUGCUUUGCUCGGUGGUAGAGUUUCCAUGGUCAUGGACUCUUUCAGAUGGACUGCCCGUUUCGCCACCAUUGCUCUCAGAUUCGCUAUCGGUAGAAGACAAUUCAAGUCUGCCUCGCAGGGCGACGGCACCGAGACUCAGUUGCUUAACUACCCAUUGCACCAGAGAAGAUUGAUUCCUUUCUUGGCCCAGGCUUACGUUUUCAGUGCCGGUUCUUGGAAGUUGGAGCACACCAUCAAGCACACCUUGGACACCUUGGACGCUGCUGUUGCCGCCAACGACAUGGGCAAGAUUAUGAAGUCUGUCAACGAGAUGAAAUCUUUGUUUAUCGACUCUGCUGCCUUGAAGUCUACUUCCACCUGGUUGUGUGCUGACGCUAUUGACCAGUGCAGACAGGCCUGUGGUGGUCUUGGUUACUCUUCUUACAACGGUUUCGGUAAGGGUUACUCUGACUGGGUCGUCCAGUGUACCUGGGAAGGUGACAACUCUAUCUUGGCCAUGUCCGUUGGUAAGCCAUUGAUCAGAUCCGCCGUUGAGGUUUUGGAGUCUGGUAAGAAGCAGAAGGGUGCCGUUGCUUUCUUGAACGAUGCCAAGCAGUGGGCUAACGAGAAGCUCGUGUUCAACAGCGCCGAGGAGUUGCUCCAGCCACAGAACACCUUGAAGGCUAUUCAGGUCUUGAUGACCAGAGUUGCCCUCAACGGUGCUGACGUGUUGAAGGAGAACAACGGUAACUUCGACGCUGUCGGAGCUCCAUCUUUGGUUCUUUCUAAGUUGCACGCUCACUACUACCACUUGCACGAAUUCUACAGAAGAAUCGAAGGUAACGAGCACAAGGAAUUGAACUCUCACUUGACCUUGUUGGGCCAGUUGCAUGCUGCCAGCUUUGUCAUUGAGAAGUUCGGUGGUGACUUCUUGGGUAACAACAUUGUCCCACCAGCUGUGCUCAAUGAGGUUGUCAACAAGAAGAUCCCAGAGUUGUGUAAGCAGAUCAGACCAAACGUGGUUGCUUUCACCGACUCCUUCAUGUACUCUGACACCUUCAUCAACGCUCCAAUUGCUCGUUACGAUGGUAACAUCUACGAGAACUACUUUGACACUGUCAAGAAGAGCAACCCACCAGAGAACACCAAGGCCCCAUACAGUGCUGCUUUCGAGGCUGCUUUGGGCAGAGGUUCCGUUGAAGAGAGAGAGAGAGGCGACAAGAGUGCUGCAGCUGCCUCUGUCUUGUCCAAAUAA